AUGGACGCUGGGUACGAGGACAACCAGUAUGGCUAUAGUGCCUCAUACGAUGAUGUGAAAGGCGGUGGCGGCUUCUUUGGCUCGCGUGAUGGAGGUGAUCAGGGUGAUCGUAGCGCAGGAUCCGAUUCUGUCCGUCCAGUGACAGUUCGUCAAAUUUUGAAUGCCAAGCAACCGAACUCGGACGCUGCACAUGUUUCUGAUGGUGCUGUACUCAAUCGUCUCACGCUAGUGGGAUGGCUCCGCCAAGUCAAUCGUACCGCCACAUUUAUUCAGUACACAAUUGAUGACGGCACGGGUCAACUAGAUUUACGCCAAUGGAUCGACAACUCUCUGGACGAAGGAUCCAAGGCCGACGAGUUCGCACCCAACGAGUUCGUGCGUGCCAUGGGCGAAAUAAAAGUAUUUAAUAACAAGCUGUAUAUCGCUCUCGGUGCAUUGAAUAAGUUGGAAGACCACAACGAAUACUUAUAUCACCAGCUCGAUGUAAUCCACACACACUUGGAACUCACGAAAGGCCCGCCAAAUGCUGUCAACAAGACAUCACAAACUGGAGCUGUUGAUGUAUCUGCAUACGACGAUUCGGCCCUUCAAACGGCAAGCAGUAUGGCUGCGGAUUUGUCGCAUUUGAAUCCGCUCCAACGCCGUAUUUACCAGGCUAUUGACGCUGAAGCGCCUGACUGGCCAGAAGGCGUCGAUAUACAGCAAAUUAUGCAACGCUGCAAAAACACUGACCCGAAACAGAUCCAGGACGCCAUUGAUGACCUUGCCAACGAUGGCUACAUUUACCAAGCAAGCGACGAAACACACUAUCUAACAACGGCUGGGUAA